AUACAGAAGAGCAUCAGCGGCAGGAUGCCUUUUCAACAUGCAGUGCAUCACUUGUAGGCGCGCUUCAGAUCUGCAGACGGAAUGGCCACCUGCUGUCGAGCUCGACGUCCUGUAAAAUCUACCCUCCUCCGCAAGCGGCGACCGUCCCAAAUGGAUUCAUGCCCACCUCACGGUGACCCAGGACAACAUCGCUGCGGCUCUACACGUCGCCAAGGACCUCCGGAUCGAAACCUGAUCACUCGCGGCACCCAGACCCGGAAAGACAAUAGUCAAGAUCCUAGCCAACGGAAUCUGCGGCUCGGACCUCAACCAGUACCCCAAAGGCGGCAUUGGAGGUCACGGGCUCGUCAAUCCUCACCUCGCUUGGCCACGAGUGCUCGCAGAUCAUCCACGCAAUCCUUGAUUACGAAUAGUCGACACUGAUGGUACUGAAUGCGGGUGCAAGAUCCGGAGUAAGGCGGGUCUGCCUUGCCACAAGUUCAACCAGUGCCGGCAGGGUUACCAGAAUCGAUGCAACGACGAAAAGAAUUUUGCUACCUCGCUGACGAACGGUGGACGUGAGUCCAUUGGCAGUGCAGAUGCAUGCCACGCAGAGUUGAUUACAGAACAUAACCUGGCUUGCCUAAUGCAUUCUGCCAUUACCUUUAGCCCCGCAAUAUUGCCUCGUC